AUGUUGAAAGUAGAUUUUGAUAACGAAAAGAUUGAUUAUUCACACUUUUACAUUUUACGAAGUUCAUUAGAAUGUUACUUUUGGAUUUAAGUUUUGCUUUUCUCUUUUAUCAAUGAAAGUUGUUUUAUUUCAUUUACAAGAUAAAAAUGACAGUUGUCAAAGCAAAGCAACUUAUAAAAAUUUUAGUAAUUUUACUUUUGUGUUAUAAAUUGUCAAAUAUUAAGGUAAUAAAUACAAAAUCAUUCCAUAGAACUUUACAAACAACACCACAGUUUCCAGAAACAAGGCCAAAUAUUAUUUUUAUAAUUGCCGAUGAUCUUGGAUAUAACGAUGUUGGAUAUCAUGGUUCAGAAAUUAAGACCCCAAACCUUGACAAACUUGCUAUGUCAGGUGUACGACUGGAAAAUUAUUAUGUCCAACCUGUGUGUACACCGACACGUGGACAACUUCUAACAGGGCGAUAUCAGAUCUAUACAGGUCUUAAUUGGGUAUUAUGGCCUGCGACCCCAGCAGGACUUCCGCUUGAGUACCCUACAAUUGCAGACAAGUUGCGAGAGGCUGGUUAUUCCACCCAUAUGGUAGGAAAAUGGCAUUUAGGAUUUUAUAAAUCGGAGUUCUUACCGACCAGUCGUGGAUUCGAUACAUUUUUUGGUUUCUUAAGCGGGCAUUCAGACUAUUACACCCAUAUCACGGGAAACUACCAAAGGAAAACAAUGAUUGGUUAUGAUUUAAUGGAAAAUGAUAAUCCGGCAAAUAUAACACAAUACAAUGGCUCUUACUCCACACAUCUCUUUGCAAUGAAAGUGAAAAACCUUAUUCGAAAACAAGAUAUUGAUAAGCCGAUGUUCAUAUAUCUAUCGUUUCAAGCUGUACAUGCUCCUCUCCAGGUACCAGACAAAUAUUUUAACGCGUAUCCUUAUAUCAAUGAUUUAAACCGACGAAAGUACGCAGGAAUGGUGUCUUGUAUGGACGAGGAAGUUGGGAACAUUGUUGAAGCAAUUAAAGAGCGUGGUAUUUGGAAUAAUACAGUGAUUAUUUUUACUACAGAUAAUGGUGCUAAUCCAAAAGUUGGAGGAAGCAACUGGCCACUAAAAGGGACAAAAAGUACCUUGUGGGAGGGUGGAAUUCGCGCGGUUGGAUUUGUGAACAGUCCUCUCCUUGGCUUUGGAGAAGAAGGAUAUAUAUCAAAAGAACUUAUGCACGUUACCGACUGGCUACCUACUAUAACAAACCUUGCUGGUGCUUAUUCAAAUGCAUUUGACAAGACAGACGGGAUAGACCAAUGGACAUCUCUCAAAUACGGUACUUCUACUAAAAGAUAUGAAAUCCUGCACAACAUUGACCCAGUUAUUAAUAAUACUUACCAUACCAGACGGUUUUCGAUGAGAAUGGGGGCGUGGAAAAUCAUGGUCGGACAAUCAGGUUCUGGAAGUGAUAACAAACGAACAAAUCCCAAAAUGCAUUUGUACAAUAUUGAAAACGAUCCGCGAGAGGAGGAAGAUUUAUUUGAAAAGUUUCCAAAUAUAGUCGAAAAUAUGCUGAAAAAGCUUGAAUAUUAUGAACAAGGAAUGAUUACAUCUCACCUUCCUGAUAUUGAUACAAGCGCUGAUCCAGUACUACACGAUGGCUUUUGGCAACCAUGGAAGUAAAUUAAGGGGCAGAAAAUGAGUAAUUAAGUACUAUAUAAAGCCCGCUCAUAUUUAUACUUGUUUUGUCUAUAACAACCUAACAACACCUAUAAAUAUUCAAAUGGAAAAAAUAUAACAAGAUGCGUGGCUUACUCUCUAUGGGCAGUUGAAUUAAAACUAAAAUCAUAUUUAUGAAAACUGUUUCAGUCGUCAAAUUUGGAUAAUUAAUUAAAUUAUUCCUGCAAGUAUCGGGAUAGGUAUUUAUCUAUAUGGACAUACUUGAUAUACUAGUAUACAACAUUCUGAACCCUUAUUAUAAGGUGAAUAAUUAUAUGCAUUAAUAUGCACAACAAUUGAGAAACGGGAGACAAAGAACAGCUUAACAGUUUAGGUGUUGAUUUAUUUUAUUUGCAUAACUUAACAUGUCUAUAUUUAAAUCAUUGUUAUUUAUUUGUUGGAGGUAAGCUGUUUCGCUGUCAUUUGAUAUAUUGUUUUCUUUUCAUAAAAAGUGAAACUGUAUCUCUAUCACUUCGCCAUAAGUAAUGAUAAGUAAUGUCAAUAUAAUCAUAAAUAACUUAUGGAACCAUAUAACAAUUCUGUCUUUCUUACUUUUUUCUUUCUUUUUUUCUUUCUUUACAUAUUCGCAUUUUAAUUAAAUAAAAUAAGAUAAAAUAAAAUAAGCGUGCAUAGGCGUAAAUUUUCCAGUAACCAACAAAAGUAAUUAAACAAGGAUACAUAUAUAAAAUGAGCCUAAAUGAACUUAAAUUAGGUAAUAGUUUUAGUAUAUGAAACGAGUUAGCUACGAGGAUAUAACACUAGCUGGGGCGGCAUCAAAGAUCAAGGGAUGUUUCCGCUAAAACAAAUGUCGAGGCUGUUAGGCCGAGACGAUUUGUUUAGAAACAUCCCGAGAUGUCGCCCCAGCCAGUUUCAUAUAUUUUAACUGUUUUAUCGCCAUUUCAUGAAUUUGUUUUGUAAUAGAAAUCAGCAAAAAGAAAAAAAUAGAAACUCCAGAUAAAAUGAACCAACACCAUCUAAUCAUGUCGUGAGCUACCUUGCAGCUAUUUAUAAAAAGGCAGUUGUUUGAAGGUGUUUUCCCUACCGCCAAACAAAAAAUAAAAAGAAAGAAAGAAUAAAACAAGACAUGCAACCGUUGAAAAUUAAAAGACGUCAAAUGUUAGAAUGUUAGAGACGGAUUGUAAACUGAUACCUUGUGGAGAGAGUAAUAUUGAUUAAAGAUAAGUGGAAAUAAAUCAUUCGGCGGAUGUACCUUUUGAAUUUAGCAGUUGUAUGUAUGAGAAUAAAUUUUAUUUCAUUGA